UCCAAAAAGAGAGGAGAGAGUUCAUUACGCGCUCUCGGAGACCAGAUGCCUCACCUGCAGCAGGUCUGCUCCGGUGCUGAACAGUUGAACCUUUCCGUUUCGAUUUCCAUCCUCCGGGACUGGAAGUGAAUAAUAAAAAGACACAAUAGUCUCCGCUGUCUUAGAUGAAGAAUGGGCUGCGCGAUUUCUGGUCUGGCGACUAAAACGGAGUUUUCACAGAAGGACGGCGGGGAUGCUGCGGCCGCUGCGCGUCCCAGCGAGGAGCAGGUCCAGAUGAUCAAGGACUCCUGGAAAGUUAUUCGAGACGACAUUGCUAAAGUUGGGAUUAUUAUGUUCGUCAGGUUGUUUGAGACCCAUCCCGAGUGCAAGGACGUCUUCUUCCUGUUCCGAGACGUGCAGGACCUGGAGAGGCUGAGGACGAACCGGGAGCUCCGAGCGCAUGGCCUGCGGGUGAUGUCCUUUAUUGAGAAGAGCGUGGCCCGGCUGGAUCAGCCAGAGAGACUGGAAGCUCUGGCCAUGGAGCUGGGGAAAAGCCAUUAUCACUACAACGCCCCGCCCAAAUACUACAGCUAUGUGGGAGCAGAGUUUACCUGUGCCGUGCAGCCUAUCCUAAAGGAGAGAUGGACCACCGAGAUGGAGGAGGCUUGGAAGACGAUGUUCCAGUAUGUGACCAGCCUGAUGAAGCAGGGAUAUCAGGAAGAGAGCGCCCGCCAGCGCGACCUCGUAGCGUCCCCAAAGGACAGACUGGACAAGAACACAGCUCUAUGAGAUAAUCUGUCUCAACUACAGACUGAUUUUACAAACACGACAAAGAAAUGU